UCGUUCUCUUCAUCCAUCCUCACCAGUCGUGGCCCAGCGCUCAUCCCCUUCUUUUUCCUUUGUUGUGUAGGUGCCAUCGGUCUGUAUGUUUUUACCUACCUAGCUAUGCAAGCUUCCAUCUCGUUGUGAAAGCGCGGCCGGCGUUAUUCCCUGCUUCAGCAACUCUCGAUCGUUCUCAUGGGCCGUUUCUUCCUCCCUUAGCCCGUCCUUUCGCUUUCUCUCCGUUUUCCGUUUUGACUGUUGGUGUCCUCGCGUAAUGCGCGGUCGCCCGUGAAAAGGGGUGUCCCACCUUCUCUGGGAUUACUUGCGCUGGGUCGAGNUUUCCGUUUUGACUGUUGGUGUCCUCGCGUAAUGCGCGGUCGCCCGUGAAAAGGGGUGUCCCACCUUCUCUGGGAUUACUUGCGCUGGGUCGAGUGGGUGACCUGUCAGCAUCACUAUCACUAGAACGCAGUGGUCUUUUAGUUUUCGAGGCCAUACACUUGUCGUUGGGUGAUUGCUCUGUGUCCAGGUGUUCCGCUCGAAAGCGCAUUUUUUCUCAUCAUCUGUCUCCCUCCCUUUUCGUCCUUUUCGUCUCGUUCACACGAGUGGCGGAUAUCCCUCUUCAGCGACAGCCGCCCCUGACACGUUUUCGCCCGCUGUCUGUUCUUUUGUAAGUUGUUUGUUGAAUAGACGACUCCAACUCCAACGUACGUUUUGCUCCCCCAAUUGACGUGUGUGGAUGUGUUGCGCAAUUACCCCCAAAUUGUCCACUUGAACCUAGACUUUCUCUGCCCUCGUUCCGCCGCUAAAUGUGCGUGCGUGUGUGUGUGUGUGAGGCUUGAUUUGUUAUUUUAUUUGACGAAGGAGAGAGGAGGGAGAGGAGGAGCCGAGAGGGGUGAGGAGGAGGAGCGGAGAGGGGUGAGGGGGAGGAGCCGAGAGGGGUGAGAGGGAGGGGAGUCGUAGUUGCUGGUGAGAGAUGGCUAUCAAUCCGUUAAUGAGGCGACCUCCAGGAAGGAAUGGCGGGCGAGGUAACAAAGUCUGCGUAGCAAUUUGCAGUUCAUUGGUGCUUGUUCUUUCGAUAGCUCUGUACUUUACUUCGUCAUCAACUCUGUGCAAUGUGGGGCAUUUGCCUACUCCGAGUCAGUAUUAUAGGAUUAGCUUGGAUGCGGAAGAAGAAGGUGGCGAUGGCGAGUCGUCUUCUCAGUUCCGGAUUGCCACAAUCCCCAUUCCUGAGGGGGGCGAGGGAUGGAGAUCUAUAUCGAAGCGGCUGGUCUACGUUGACAAACGCGACCUAGAUAUCCUUAGGUCAAGAAUUCCUGAGGUGCUGGCUGCUGCCAAGGCCAGCGCGAAGAGAUUGGUGUCAGAAGAUGGCGCGGGGAGGAGCUUGGACGGUCCUGAUGAUGUGCCGCCGCUAGUGAAGGAGGGAUUGAAAGCGGACCGAACUCUCGUCGAUGGCGGGGAGGAGGAGCCGGGGCAGUUGCUCGAGCCGGAAGAGACAGGAGACGACGGCAGGGCAACUCCGCGCCAAACUCGCAUGGCAGCCGGUGAUAACGAAGCGCAAUCGGAGUCGAACGGCGGGAAAAGCGGUGAGGACGCGCAGGCGGAGGACCAGAGCGAAGCUGGGACCUCGUCGGUGGCGGCGGCUAACGAUGACGGCACGAAAGAGGCUACCGAGGAGGGGGAGGAAGCGCGGGAUACCAGCGCAACGGCGGAGGGUGCGACUGCGGUGGCGGAGGCGGAGGCGGAGGCGGAGGCGGAGGGUGUCGAGCUCGUGAAUCCCCCCGAGGUGGUCGCUAUCCCCAACGACGAUCCACAUCACCCGUCGAAGGUGAAGACCACCUCCGAGUACCUGGAACUGUACGCGACGAAGCCUGAUGCUAGUGGCAAGACGUCGCUUGCCAUCUGCGGCCAGAAGUUCUUCGAGGUCGUCCCUUGUCUCGACCGUCAAAUUCAUAAGCUCAUGGAUUUAUCGCUCGAUUACUCGGUCAUGCAGCACUACGAACGCCAUUGUCCGACGGAAGAAUUGCGGCUCCGCUGCCUAGUCCCGCCGCCGCCGGGGUACAAGUUGCCAAUCAGGUGGCCGGAGAGCAGGGACAAGGUAUGGAGGGCGAACGUGCCUCACGAGUUCUUGGCCAAGGAGAAGCAAGACCAGCACUGGAUGGAGGUGGAAGGCGAGACCGUCACUUUCCCCGGCGGCGGGACUCAUUUCCACGACGGCGCGGCUAAGUACAUUGAGAGCUUGGCGGAUAUGUUGGGCGAGCCGAAUUCGAAUCUGAGCAUGGGGGGCAACAUUCGGACCGUGCUGGACGUGGGCUGCGGCGUGGCGAGCUUUGGAGCGUUCUUGCUUCCGGUCGGAAUCAUGGCCAUGUCCAUUGCCCCCAACGACGUGCAUCAGAACCAGAUACAGUUUGCACUCGAAAGGGGUAUUCCUGCAAUGCUCAACGUGUUGGGCACGAAGAGACUCCAGUACCCAAGUAAGUCGUUCGAGCUCGCACAUUGCUCCCGUUGCAGGAUCGACUGGUGGGCGGGCGACGGGAGACUGCUGGUAGAGGUGAAUCGCUUGCUCCGACCUGGGGGUUACUUCGUCUGGUCUUCACCUCCAGCUUAUUCGCACGACCCGGAGGACGUCAAGAACUGGGGCUUGAUGAAGGAUUUGACCGACCGCAUGUGUUGGAAAGUAGUCGCCCAGAAGCACCAGUCGGCCAUCUUCCAGAAGCCUGUAGACAACAGUUGUUACGACAAGAGGGAGCCGGAGACGCAGCCUCCCAUGUGUCCCGAGGAGGAUGAUGCGGACUCCGCGUGGCAGAAGCCCAUGCAGACCUGUCUGCACGCGAUCCCGACGACCGUGCAGGGCACUGCCGGGGCCGGGGGUUGGGAGCCCCUCCCUGCGUGGCCGUCGAGACUCUCUCUCCCGCCUCGACGGCUCGUUAACGCCGGCUACGACGAGGCGUAUUUCCUCAAGGACACCAGUGCUUGGCAGAAGCGCGCGCAAGUCUAUUGGGAGACGAUGAAGUUGGAAGCGGACGAAGUGCGGAACGUUAUGGACAUGGAUGCACUGUUCGGUGGUCUGGCGGCGGCGCUCAUUGGGAAGCCUGUGUGGGUGAUGAACGUGGUGCCAAUCAGUGGAAAAAACACGCUUCCUGUCAUCUACGACCGCGGAUUGAUUGGCACACUUCAUGACUGGAAGGAGGCGUUCAAUUCCUACCCGCGUACCUACGAUCUCCUCCACGCUGGACACCUCCUUUCUGUUGAGGAAGCACAAGGCGCUGUUCUCGACCAUAUGCUCAUUGAAGUGGACCGGCUUCUGAGACCUAAAGGACGGUUGAUCGUAAGGGACACGCCGGAAAAUGCUCAAAAGAUUGCCGACAAAGUGGCGUUGCUGAAGUGGGAGGUGGAGGCGUUUGUGGAUAUCGACCGAGAUGAGAUCUCGGGUCCUGAGGACGAGAAGCUGCUCAUCCUUAAGAAAAAGUUUUGGGCCACACCGUUCCGGAAAGUCGUGUCGCAGUCAUAACGAAAACGGUUUGCAUUCUGCCAAUCUCGCUCACACUCACGUACACCCGACUCUCUCUCUCUCUCUCUCUCUCUCUCUACGUCCACGCACCAUAGGUCACCAACGCAUACACAACCGAUGAGUUUGACGGCCACCACUUAUUUGUUUCCCGCGCGCGAGCGAGCGACCACCUAUAAGACGGACGGUAGCCAUACUUCCUACUCUCUCUCUCUCUCUCUCUGUGUUCGGUGUCGUGUGUGUCCAUGUUUCGACUCCCUCCUCCUCCUUAGCCUCCUUUCUCUCUCCCCCCACUCCGCCCUUCCCCCGACAAACAAACCCCCUCCUCCCCC